CCCGGGGCGAAGGCUUUCUCUCUCCCUCCCGGGUCGCCAGAGCCGCUGCUGCCAGCCACUUUCGCCAGAGCAGCCGCCAGCAUGGCCACCACACCUGGGCAGCAGCUUGCUUUAUUCAGUGUCUCAGACAAGACCGGCCUGGUGGAAUUUGCAAAAUGUCUCAGUUCUUUGCAUUUGGCCCUAGUUGCUUCUGGAGGAACAGCAAAAGCCCUUCGAGAUGCAGGUCUGAACGUCAGAGAUGUUUCUGAUCUUACUGGCUUUCCAGAAAUGUUGGGAGGGCGUGUGAAGACCCUUCAUCCUGCAGUACAUGCAGGUAUACUGGCUCGUGAUACGCCACAAGAUAAAGCUGACAUGGAUAAAUUGGAUUUCAGCCUUGUAAGAGUUGUGGUCUGCAACCUCUACCCCUUUGUCAAGACUGUAGCAUCCCCGAAUGUGACGGUUCAAGAAGCAGUUGAGCAGAUUGACAUAGGAGGUGUCGCCUUACUGAGAGCUGCCGCCAAGAACCAUGCUCGUGUCACCGUCCUCUGUGAUCCCGGGGACUACAACACUGUAGCAAAGGAAAUGAAAGCCUCCAGUGACAGAGGUACCACCUUGGAAACGCGACAGCAGUUGGCGCUGAAGGCGUUCACUCACACAGCUCAGUACGACACAGCCAUUUCUGAUUACUUCAGGAAGGAGUACAGCCAAGGAGUGUCCCAGCUUCCGCUCAGGUAUGGCAUGAAUCCGCACCAGACUCCCGCUCAGCUCUACACUUUGAGGCCUAAACUUCCUCUGUCAGUUCUGAAUGGCUCCCCGGGGUUUAUCAACCUGUGUGAUGCUCUGAAUGCCUGGCAGUUGGUCAAGGAGCUCAAGCAGGCUUUGGGCAUGCCAGCUGCAGCCUCCUUUAAACAUGUCAGCCCAGCAGGUGCAGCUGUUGGAGUGCCCCUCACUGGAGAAGAAGCUCAAGUCUGUAUGGUGCAUGACAUGCAGUCCACCCUGACGCCCUUGGCAGCUGCUUAUGCACGUGCAAGAGGUGCCGAUAGAAUGUCAUCUUUUGGUGACUUCAUUGCUCUCUCCGAUAUCUGUGAUGUCCCUACAGCAAAGAUCAUUUCCAGAGAGGUAUCUGAUGGUGUUGUGGCUCCAGGGUAUAAUGAAGAAGCCCUCAAAAUUUUAUCGAAAAAGAAAAAUGGAAGCUACUGUGUGCUCCAGAUGGACCCAUCUUAUGAGCCAGAUGAGACUGAAAUCCGCACUCUCUUCGGAUUGCAUCUGAUGCAGAAGAGGAAUGAUGGUGUGAUUGACCGGUCCCUGUUCAAGAACAUUGUUACUAAAAAUAAAAAUCUUCCUGAGCCAGCUAUCCGAGAUCUGAUUGUGGCCACUAUUGCUGUCAAGUAUACUCAGUCUAAUUCUGUUUGCUAUGCCAAGAAUGGACAGGUCGUAGGCAUCGGUGCAGGGCAGCAGUCCCGGAUCCAUUGUACACGCCUGGCCGGGGACAAAGCAAACAACUGGUGGCUCCGGCAUCACCCACAAGUGCUUGCCAUGAAGUUCAAAGCUGGGGUGAAAAGAGCUGAGAUAUCCAACGCUAUUGAUCAGUAUGUCAGUGGGACCAUUGGAGAGGAUGAAGACCUCGUCAAGUGGAAAGCGCUGUUUGAGGAAGUCCCAGCUAUGUUCACCGAGGCAGGAAAAAAGGCAUGGGUUGAGAAACUGAAGGGAGUUUCUCUCAGCUCGGAUGCAUUCUUCCCUUUUAGGGAUAAUGUGGACAGAGCAAAACAGAGUGGAGUCCAGUUCAUUGCUGCCCCUGCUGGUUCAGCUGCUGACCAAGUUGUGAUUGAAGCCUGUGAUGAGUUGGGAAUUACUCUCAUUCAUACCAACCUCCGUCUGUUCCACCACUGAUGUUUUCCAGAGCAUUUGCAGACAUUCCUCUUUGCUUGUCUAUUUACUGUCUCCAGCAGUGAAAGCAUCUCUUCUUUCCCUUUUUAAAAAAAAACAAUCAGUCUUCAGAUGGCAUAUUUCUUUUUAAAAUCAGUAUACAAUGAACUAUAUAUUGGGAACUAGAAACAAAGUAGUUUAACCUGUAAAGAUUGUUUUGAAAAAUAAAUGCACAAAUCUAUUUGUUA